UUCCUCGUUCUCUCACACAGCAGCCCUCAGAUUGAAGGAAAGGUCAUCAAAGGUUUAUGGACCAGUAAUAAUCUGGGAAAACAUAUCAGACUGUUUGUGUCAGCGAAGAGACACACAGGAGCUCCAGAGGUUUCCCAGGACGCAGCUGAGAGAAACCAACUAAACCAGAGCAGAAAGAAGUCUGGAGGUUUUCGACAAAGAACCGGGUCAUGGCUGUCCCCCCUAGAGUGAUCCACAAGAGGAGGGAGGCCAUCACAGCUCUGCCUCUUUACUACUCUGGAUAUCUGCUGAAGAAAAGCUCCAGAGAGAAGAACUUCAAAGACUUCUAUGGAGAGCUGAGAGGAUCCACGCUGUUUCUGUACGACAGUGACACCCAGGAAACUUACGUAGAAAGGCUGGACCUGGAGCAGAUGAGGUCCAUGGACUCKAACAUUUCUUAUAAAAAGAAGGAACCAACCAUCCUCACUUUGAACCUGCCUUCAGAGAUGGUGCAGCUGAAGAUGGACUCUGCCGAUACAGGAGAAGAAUGGAGAGGAUACAUCAUGACGGUGUUCAAAAAAGAGAUUCCUCAAAGGCUGCAGCUGCUGCCCGGUCAGAUGAUGAAGCUGGAGGAGGUUCUGGAACUGGAGAGCAAGCGAAAACUUCCACUGUCACGGCCUCCUCUCCCACCCCGCCCGAACGAACUGAAGCCCAAAAGCGCCACGAUACCCACCUGCUUCUUCGAUGUCAGCCGACAGGAGGCCGAGAAGAUGCUGGAAGACAACCCAGAGAACGGGAGCAUCAUCCUCCGCCCGUCUGCCCUGCCCAAGAACUACGCCCUGACCCUCAGACAAAAGACCUCCAGUGGUGUUUCCAUAAAGAACUACAGGGUGACCGCCACAAACGUUGGCUUUGUGAUCGAGCUGGACACUCCGGUGACCGUCCCCUCCCUGGAUGAUGUGCUCAAAUACUUCCUGGAGAAGACCGAGUAUCGUCUUUGUCCUUACGUCAUCUCUCAGCCCUACGACACUCGCAUCUUCACAUCCCCGCCUCCAAAGUGCAUCAGCGUCUCCUCACCUUCGCCUCAAACUCCGCCCAGGGCUCAGGUGGCUCCAAUGCAGCAUCUACAGAGCCCGGACAACUUCCACCUACGUCCAGAGAAGCCCGAUGAGGGGGAAUACGUUGUUCCAGACGACCGCAAGCCUUAUGACCAGAUGUUAAAGAAAGCUGAGCUGGACAGUGAGCUUCGAGAAGCUUUAAAAAAGAGGCGAGACAACAUCUACGUCACAUACGGAGAGGACAAGACCCAAAGUUAUGAGAACUAGAGUCGUUAAAAAAACGAAGCAUCUUGGAGCACCUCCAACUCCUGAGACCUGAAGCCUUCAGACCUGAUGUUCAYCUGUGAAUCUAACACCAGCUAAACUCUCAAAUGAAUUCUGCUGGUGCCACUGGACCAGUUAGUUUGUGUUUUUAUUAGGAUCAAUUAGGGGAAAAAAAAAAUCACGGCUUAUAUAAAUAUCUGUAAACAAAAACAAAUACUGCUCAGCAUGUUGAUUUAGUGAUGCUGAAAAUUGUGACUUUAAAAGUCUUUAUCCUACCUUUAUAAGUUGAUAAUGUUAACUAUAAAGUUUAUUUAGUCAGUUUAAAAUGUUCCAAAUGUCCAGUUUUAUAUUAAUCUAAGAAAAACAAACUAUUUUUAACUAGAACUGCAUAGGAAGUGUAAAGAGAACCAAGUUCAAAAGAUAUGUUAAAGCUGCUGCUUUAUGAGGGGGCAGACUGAAAACUAAGCCUCAAAUAAACAGCUGCUUUGCAAAAACUACAAUUCAGAUCUCAAACGAUUUGAGCUGUGAGCAGCAGAAGACGCGGAUUGUCACCUAUGUGAUUUUUAAUGUUUAUGCAGUGUUUUAUAUGUAUAUCAAAGUGAUCAAAGUGCCAGUUCAGAUAUGUAAAGUCAAACUUUCAAAUGAUGUUUCUGCUGUGAAGUGUGUCUGAGCUGUACAGCUCUUUUUUUUGGUGUGUGUACUACCAAAAGUCAUUUGAUGUAAAAAUUAGCAGGUUUUAUUUCARUGUUGUGUGAUGAGAUAAUAUAGUGGUUCCAUAUAUGUGUGUAGUUUACAUGUAGCUGCUUUGAGCUGCAUAUUUCUGUCCUUUUUUUUUAAUGAGCUUUCAGUUCCUAAAAAAAAUCCUAAAUUUUGACGAAUGUGGGGCUGGGAUGUUAACGCUUUCAGAAACCAGGAAAUAAGAGUUUAUUUAACCCUCCUGCUGUUUGAGGUGGGUGGCAGCAGGAGGGUUAAAACCAG